AUGAGCAAAAAGCUACCCAGAAGAAAACCACCACCAUCGGAUUUCGAGGCAACGACCUCGACAUUAAACUCAGAGUUUGGCCCUUUACCUUCUAUCUCCAGUAACAAAAAUCAUAUUGCUGAAGAUUCGGUUACACCUGCUACCAUUAUACGACGUCACAAUCAGCUGCUGCUGCUGCUGCUGCUACCGCCGCUACAACAACAACAACAACAAACCCCUCCAUCAAAGUUUCUUCAUUCACCUCCAGCGCUAUACAACCAAAUGCACUAUUUCCAAACAUCUGCUGCUGCUGCUGCUGCUGCCACUACCAAAAAGGAACCAGAAGAGCUGAGUGACUAUUUGUUCGACGAGUCUUUUGCAUCCGUAGACUCGACAACGACAAGGCCAAAGGGCCCUAAGGAUAUAUGGGAAUAUGACACUUGUGAUAAAAUUGAUUCACCACUAAAUGCUUCAAAUUCAGCAACUCAUGCAAAUAUUCAGAUUAAUAGAACACUACCGCAGCGCAGCUAUCAGCAUAUGUCUCGACUGAGUACCGUGCCGAAACUGAAUUCUACAAAUACAAUUAUGAUCUCCUCGUCAUCGUUAUCAUCACCACCGUACCCUAUCCUGAUUAACGAGGUGAAAACACCAGAAAGAAGCCUUCCUUACCCAAUAAGCCCCAUCGAAGAUUUUUUACAAGAGGAAAUUGAAUUUAUGGAUAGUAUAGAUAAUGGAUAUGCAAUAGAUAUCGAUUCGCCAUCUCAAAGAAGAACAAGGGCCAUAAUUGAACAAUCUGUUACUACAUCGUCUCCUAGAAUAAACGAUGUACCAAACUUGAGCACGAGUAGCUCGUUAUCUACUUUCCACGCAAUCCAGCAACACCACCACCAACAACAACAACAACAACAACCACAAUGUUAUUAUUCAUCAUCACCCAAUUUCGAUAGUUCACUGCCAUUAUCAGGGCAUAUCCCUAGAGACAAUUUGUCUGUUCAUUUACAAUCCAACUUCACAGUUAGUGAUGCAUAUAGCCGCUCACCAUCUCUGAGGAAGUCGAUACACAGCAUGACUGAUUCCACCUCGAGUGUUUAUCAUCUGCCCUACAACAUAGUCGAUAAUGCUGAUGAUCCAUUAGAACAAUAUCCAUCAUCUCCCCAGUACUUGCAACCUAGACAUUCAUAUAGAGUUGUUUCAGAUAAUCCUUUUUUUGAUGAUGAAGGAGACGUGACACGAAACGAGUUUGAAUCACCAGCCACAGAGUAUUUUGACUACAAUAUACUACCAGAAUUACCUCAAAGUAAAGACUCAACUCCUUCAUUACCUCCCGUUCCACGGUCGAAAAAAGAACAAGAACUACCCCCAUUACCAUCGCCAUUGCCCUUGGAUCUACCACAACUUCCAUUCACUUCAGCCACGCUACAAGCGCAGCACUUUGAAAUAUGCUCCAAUAUUUGGUCUUUGUCUCAGUUGUUCAAAUGGAGCUGUAAACUUCAAUACUGGCUUAAGAAUCUGACUGUAUCAAAACUGGAGUUGAGGAAAGCUAUUAUUCGACUAUUUGCAUUUCACAGAAGUGACGUACCACUUGACUUGGUUACUCGGUGUUCGCUGGCCGCGUUUAAUACCUUUGUUCAAACAGGAGCUAUUGAAGUAGUAGAGUUGCAAACAGCAAAUACUGAUGGUGAAAGAUCAGUUGUCUUAUUUCACGAAACGAUCUAUGUCAAUGGAGUCUUGCCUGGCCUUACCGAUUGCUACUCGCCAGUACCGCAUUUCAAGGAUGAAGAAAUUGCUUGUUAUGCUAGUUCGUGUCAAUUCAGUAGAAUGAAGAAUCUUGAAAGGAAAAUGAGAAAUAUGAAUGUAAAGGACAUUGUAUUGGCUAAUGAUUGGGCGACUCAUUGGCGUCUCACCAUUGAGGACUUGCGAGAUAUAGACCCCACUAUGAUCAAACGACAAUCGCUCAUUUUCGAUUUACUACGGUAUGAACAAACAUUUAUACAACGAGCAAAAUGUUUUGUUGAAAUUGUUGGUCCAGAAUUUAUUAAAGCAGCAAAAAAUUUUACAAACAACUUGUCCAGAAUCAAGGAAUUCGAAGAAGAUGUACUUCAAACAGGAAAGAAAAUUGUUCAAAUUCACCAAGGUUUUUUAUUUGAGCCACUUUUGAAAGUUUUAAUUGCAGAAGGUAAAUUCAUCAAAAGUAUUAUUGAAAUUGUCAACAUAUAUACCGAUUGGGCUAAAGAAGUUCGCCCUUUCUUGAUGAAGUAUAUGAAUAAUAUGCCAAUGAUUGAGGAUUUAUUGCGAAUACCAAAUCUAAAAGCAUACGUUGAUGAUCACAUUGGAAACUUGCCAAGAGUCAGAGAGUUAAAAGUGAAUGUUCCGAUAUUGUUCAUAAGUACAUUUAACUCAAGGUAUCAGCAAAUUCCACUCCAGUUGCUAGAUAUUCAAAAAAAAUACCAGGAGAAUGAACCUGAGCACUUUUUAUUGCAACAAGCUAGUGAUGAGAUUAAGAAACUCGGCUCUAAAAUUAACGAUUCAAAGAAGUUUGCUGAUAAUGUUCAUGCAAUUGGGCAGAUCAAGAGUCAACUACUGUGGAAAUCGAAUCUUCGUCAAGUUAAUCUAAAUUUGAAUUCAAUAAACCGAAAGUUUAUUUGUCGGGGCGACUUGACUAGGAAAAGUGAUCUCAAAAUAACAACCCAAGUUAAUCAUAUUAUUCUUUUAGAUAAUUUUUUGUUGAUUACCGAAAGAUUGAAAAAUCCCAAAUCUCCAGGUGCUCACUAUAAAAUAAUCGAGGACCCUAUUCCAAUCGACUUUUUGAUUUUUGAAGAAAAAGUCACGUCAUCAACGGUGUCUUCAACAAAACUCGCUGCUUCUUCUCCACAUAUACAGCAACAGCAACAACUACAACUACAGCAACAGCAACAACAACAACAAACUCAACUUGAUGAUGAUGUUUCUGUUCAAUAUGCAGUGAAAUUACGAUAUGCAGGUAAGACGAAACAUUCAUAUACAUAUUCAUGUCGUACUGAACGUGAGAAGGAUGACUGGAUAAACUACUUGAGUACUGCAAAGACCAAUAUGUGCAAACGAUUGUAUAGCUCUGCUGCUUAUGUUACUCAUCUGAUAUCCAACACGUGCUUUGCUUAUGACCAAAAUAAUCGGAUUCUCAAACUUCAAGUUGUUGUUCCUUUUGACCCCAUCUGUAAUAUUUGUUUGGACACAUUGAAAAAGAUGAAACUAAUUGGUAUGCCUAAGGAUAUCUACAAUCCAAAUAUCCCGAGAAGCAGAGUAACCUAUGGUACAAUAAGAUGUUGCGUUACUUUUAUAUAUAAGGACUUGAAGUUUACACUCGUUGGUUUGAGUAAUGGAUUGUACUGCUGUGAAUCAAAGUCACGAUGGAAAAAAGUGAUGAACGGAUCUGAUUUCACAAAGAUUCACGUCGAUGUGAAUACGGGUUUAGUGAUUAUACUAAACGACAGAUACUUAAAGUAUUACUUGAUACAUCAAAUUAUCAAUGUUUAUACUGAAACUUCAACCGUACUAACCGGGACUCUAUUAUCCAAGGAUCCAGUUUUGUUUUUUGCUGUAGUAAAUCACAGGAACGUGACCAUGUUAUUCUUGGCCAAAAGGCGAGGAAGCUUAACCAAUUUCAAAGUUUUAAUCCCAGAGACUGAAAAUAAUGGAGUUUUCAGUCGUUUCAAAGAUGAUAGGAAAUUCUACAUUGAAGCCGAAUGUUAUGGAAUAUCGGUUUUCAAUUCAUCUUUUGCAGUGCAUACAGAUAAAGGUUUUGAAAUUUUGGAGCUUGAUAAAUUGAUACCAAGAUCGGUUCCGGAAUUACCACAACCUGACCCAGAUAUUAGCACACCCAAAAAGAAAAUCGAUCAACUUUCAAGAAAAUCAUCAUCAACACCAACGAAUGGCACGUCUUCUUCAAAUGCCGCCACUGCUGAAAAUAUUAGAAAACUAGUAUCUUCAUCACACAUGAUGCCCUUGGGUAUGUUUAAGCUUUCAAACAAUUCUGAGUUUCUACUUGUAUAUGACAAGUUUGCCAUUUUCAUAAACAAGCAUGGAAAACUAUCCAGGUACGCCAUUUUAUUAUUUGACUUUAAAGCAAAGGCUGUUCAUUUCAAACAAAAUAAUUUAUUUAUUAUUAAAGAUGAUGUUUUGGAGAUUUUAUCUAUUAGUAAUUUACCGAAAGGGUCGAAUAAAUUCAUUCAAGUGAUUACUGGAAAGGAUAUCAGAUUGGUUUCUAGCCCUGAAAGCAACGAUGUUACUAUCGCCAUGGCAAAUCCUUUAGUUCCCGGCUUACAGUUGUUAUUUAAUUUAGUUCCACCAGAUUUUGAUCAAGUGAAUGCGUGA